AUGACAGCCUCUCCCAAGCCCGAGAAGAACACCAGCCAGCCAACCAUCUCCAUCUCAUCCAACGACCCUCUCGCCCAUCUCUCAAGAACACUAGCCCAGCACCAAACCCAUCUCGUCAAGCUAUACACCUCACUCGGACAUUCCGACCCUCAGUCAUGCGCGGCUGACAAGAUCUCCGAUCUCCACGUCGGAAUACUCGAUACCAUCGAAGCGCAGGCCAAGGAGGCAGAGAAGGAGGUCUCCCAACUCACUCAAUCCGUCAACGAACUCACCGAACAGAUCAAACAGCUCAGGAUCAGACUAGGCCAUCUCGACCUGGAAGCCCAGCUGGUGAUCCCCCAUGAAGCCUUGGUACCCAAAAUCGAACGCAUCAAAAAAAUCCUCGACGACCUCUCUCAAAUCAAAUUCGACCGAGAGAUUCAGGUCGAAAACCUCCUCAAACGUCUCGAAAGUUUCGCCCCCAUCCUAGGCGAUCAGUUCAUCCAGGAUGCCAUCACCAAAUCCAAUCAGAGCUUGAGAAUCGGUCAGAUGUUCGGGGCCAAUCUUAGCCUGGAGUAUAUAUCCCGUCUAGAUAAACAAUCCGAAGAGUUUGAACAGGAAGUCUCUCGACGAGGUCAAACCCUGCUGGAUCACAUCAAUAUGAUCUUCAAUCUAUGGGGACACCUCGGUAUCUCGCCCGCCUCACCCUCGGCGAAUCCUAGCUUGGACCAUUCAGAUAUCGACCCGGUCGUCCUCGCUCAUCUCGGCUUUAAGGAUGUCGCAGUGACCGUCAAUGGGGACAUCAAACCGAUCGGCCAUUGUGAAUCCGUCAAAAUGUUGCCGACUACCACCAACCUGGAGAAAGUCCAGGCUAGACAGAAUUGGCUGGAUACAGAACGUCAGAAGCGCGAAGAGCAGAUCCAAAAUUGGUAUGAUGAACUAUGCGUGCUAUGGACCCGAUUGGGUGUACCGGAAGAUGAACAGGAGCAAUUUGUUGAAUCAUGGAGAGGUCUUAGCGAGCAAUGUGUCGAAGGAUACGAAGCUGAGCUGAAGAGGAUGAUCGAAGCUAAGAAGGAACAUAUGGUCCUCUUUGUCCAGAAGGAAAGAGACUCGAUCAUCGAACUCUGGGAUCAAAUGUAUGUUGCCGAAAAUGAACGCGCCAAUGUUUCGAUCAUGUAUUCCGAUGACUAUUCUGAAGAGCUUCUUGCUUCUCAUGAAAAACUCAAAGUACAAUUACUUGACGAUUUGAGCGAUAAAAAAGCACUAUUGAAUCUACUCAAUAAGUACUUCACCCUGUUACAAGAAGCCCAUGAGUUAGAGGUGGCCGAAAAAGAUCCAAACCGAUUUGCCAAAGGAAAAAGAGGUGAUCCAGGGAGACUAUUAAGAGAAGAGAAAAUCCGAAAACGAGUAACUAAAGAGAAACCUAAACUCGAAACUGAUCUCAAAACAUUAAUCCCUGAAUGGGAAAACGAACGAGGUAGGCCAUUUAUGGUGAAUGGUAGUCGGUUUCUCGAAGAUCUUGUGAUCCGUUUGGACCAAGAGGCGGCUUCCAAAACGCAAGCUUCCGGGCGAUCCAAGUCGACGAUUCCCCCGGCACAGUCAGUGAAGCGACAACAGACGGGAAACCUAUCACGACCAGGAUCACCAGUCAAGCGGACCCGGACGGGAGAAAACACGCGAGCGAAGGGGGCGGCGAGUGGGGUGACCCGAGGGAGUGCGAAUCCGUUUGGGACGGCGACGCCGCGACCAGGAUCGAAGGCCAGCAGUAUCAGCUCUACCACGGCUGGCGCACGCCAACAGAGACUAGCUCCCCAGCCGACCGGCACAAGCUCUGUCUACAACACCCGCAAUCGCAGUCACACCAAUAAUUCUCGGCCGCCCGUCGCCUUGCAAUACCAACGUACCGGCUCUUCUAUGUCAUAUUACAACCCCGUCACGCCAACUCCCAUGCCGCGUGGACCGGCCUCCUUGACAUCAACUGUUGAACUAACAAGCACGGCCGAAAACGCAACCGCCGAGCCGGCGGCCUGUGAUACCCAAGCCCCCAUUGAACCUUCCGCUCGUUCGGUUUCUGUGCAAUCCAGCUGUCCUGGAAUCCCUCCAGGUUGGCCGACAACAAGCACUCAAGCUGCCGUUCCACCUGCUGCUGCUGCUACUGUUCCUCCUACUGAAUGCCAACAACAGCCAACAAAUCAAACUAGGAAACCGCAAGGACAAGUGGGGACGAAGAAAUAUACCAGCUUCAUUCCUCCUAAUGUGGGUUUAGGUAAAGGGAUGCCAGCGCCCCCGCUCAAGAAAGGCAUCUUUCGACCCCGACCGUCUUCUGUUCUCCUUAAUCCUCCUCCUCCCCAUCCUCCCCUAUCCCUAGUUCACCCAAAUCAGCAUCCUCCAUCCACCGAAUCUGAACCUCAGUUGAGGAUCGUCUCUGGAUCGUCUGAGGCUUCCAGUCAUACCCAGCUCGUCACCUCGUUCAUCGAUCAUCAUAUUCAUCACGAUCAACAGCAGGAACAAGAGCCGGUGGAUCAUCAGCAUAAAUCGGAUCAGUUGCUGCUGCAGAACCAGUCCGACAUCGAUGAUUCAAAUAAUCCCGAGGUCCUUCAUCUUGUUUAA